UGCUGCUCACGUUAUUACACUGGCGACGAGGAUGGGAUCCGCCCCCUUGUACUAGCUCAGUACGAAGCAGUAUUGCGGGCGAUCGGCGGUCGACAGCCAUGGACCAGAAAACAACGGCAGCCAUGGCCUGGGACGGUUGAACUCGGCGGCACUACCUUCGGCAAGAGGCAACGCAGUCGUCGGGGAAAGCAACCCGAUAAGUAUACUGCACUUUUACUGAACAAUGGCGCGACUAGGCAAGCUAGACGAGUUCGACGAGAAGGAUCAGAAUUUUGAAUCCUAUCUGGAGCGUUUUGAGCACUUCGUCACCGCAAAUGACAUCAGAGAGGAAAAGAAGCUGGCAGUAUUCUUGAGUGUGAUAGGACCACGAACGUACGAGGUGCUCAAAAGUUUGGUAGUACCCGCUGUUCCUGGGGACAAGUCCUUUGAAGAGGUCACAGUGCUGUUGAAGAAACACUAUAGCCCACAGUGCUCGGUCAUUGCCGAACGUUGCAAAUUUAACAAGCGAGCACAAGAAGAGCAGGAAAGCGUCGAGGACUUCAUAGUGGCCUUAAAACAGUUAGCAAGGAAGUGCGAUUUCGGUCAGUUUCUGCAAGACGCGCUGCGAGACAGAAUAGUGGCAGGCAUAAGACGCGAGGAAACGCAACUCGCCCUAUUUGCUGAAGAAGAUUUAACCUUCGAAAAGGCGUGCAAGAUAGCCCAGGACCGAGAGCAGGCUGCGCGACAGACAGCGUUACUUCAUGCAGAAGGCAAGGAAGCGGCUUUUUAUGCAAUGGCGAUAAGAGGAAAAGGAAGCGAAAAGAAAUCGAAGCUUCGGAAGCUCAAGGAAGCCAAGCGAGUUUGCGAAAGAUGUGGCAAGGCGCAUGCGGCUAGUGUUUGCUGGUAUAAGAACGUCCAGUGUCACAGCUGUUCUCAAAUCGGUCAUCUACAGAAGAUGUGUCCAAGUAAUCGCAGAGAACUCAAGACUGCAAACGUGGUGGACUGCUCUGAUAGUGACUCUGAAUUAGAUGUGUACCAUGUUAUCAAUACCGUGCGUUCUGGGUAUGAAGUGCAGCUAAACGUAGAAGGGCAAGACCUCUGCAUGCAGAUUGAUACGGGAGCAGCUGUAACACUAAUUCCUGAGAGUGUGAGGCUGAACGCAUUUCCUCAUGUCAAGUGCGAGCCAUCUCGAGUCACCCUAAAAACAUACACUGGGGAAUCUGUUCCAGUAAAAGGGCAAUGCAACGUUUCCGUUACGGUGGGAAAACAGUCUUUGCGGCUACCCGCUAUUAUCGUCAAGGAUAACGGCAAGCAGCUACCAUUGCUGAUGGGGCGAAGUUGGCUUGAAAGGCUCGGGCUUGACUGGAAAAGCGUGUUUGCUAUAAAUGUAAGCGACUCUCACAAGGUAGAGGCGGUUAAAAAGAAGUUCCCAGGGGUGUUUUCUAAGCAACCUGGAAAAGUAAAAAACUAUCAAGCAAGGAUAGUUUUAAGCCAGAAUUGUACGGCUAUUUUUGGCAAGGCCAGAAACGUCCCAUUUGCGCUUCGAGAUAAAGUGGAAGGCGAGCUAGAAAGGCUAGAGAAAAGCGGUGUUAUACGCCCCGUAAAUCGGAGCGAUUGGGCCACGCCAGUAGUCGUAAUCCAAAAGAAAGAUGGUUCACUGAGGCUGUGCGGGGACUACAAAGUCACCAUUAAUCCUGUUUUAAAGACCGACCACUACCCAUUGCCUAGACCGGAAGAUUUGUUCUCUGCCAUAGCUGGCGGCAGAGUGUUUUGUGUGUUGGAUCUUUCGGCCGCGUAUCAGCAGAUUCCGCUCACUGCCGAGUCCCGACCACUGCUAACUAUUAAUACGCACAGGGGGCUGUUCGAGUUCCAGCGCUUACCAUUUGGGGUAGCCAGUGCGCCAGCCAUUUUUCAGUCCUUCAUGGAUGAGGUGCUCAAAGGCAUACCGCACGUGGGAUGUUACAUAGACGACGUCAUUGUGUCGGGAAAAGACUUAGCCGACUGUCAAAAAACGUUGGAACUAGUCCUGCAGCGGCUGAGUGACUACAACGUGACACUGAAAGAGGAAAAGUGUCGGUUUUUUCAGAGCACUGUGACUUAUCUCGGUCACACUGUGUGCGCUGAAGGUAUAUAUCCUACAGAAGAAAAGAUAAAGGCGAUCACAGAAGCGCCAGAGCCCACUUGCCAAACAGAGCUAAAGGCUUAUCUCGGCAUGUUAACCUUUUAUGCAAAGUUCUUAAGUAACCUUGCCUGCGUGGCAGAGCCAUUGUACCGUCUGUUGCGCAAGGGCGAAAGGUGGUCGUGGACACGGGAGUGUAGCGAAGCAUUUGCUUCUACGAAACUGUUACUUGUCAAGAGUAAUGUGCUCACUUUUUACGAUGUGGCGAAACCAAUGGCUAUGACAUGUGACGCUUCGUCGUAUGGAUUGGGGGCUGUCAUUUUUCAUGAGACCGCAGAGGGACACGAAAGGCCAGUGGCAUUUGCUUCUAGAACACUUACAGCCGCAGAGAAAAACUAUGCUCAGUGCGAACUCGAAGCAUUAGCACUGAUGUUUGGGUUAAGAAAAUUCCACCGCUACUUGUAUGGACGAGAGUUCACUCUUUAUACAGAUCAUCAGCCAUUGCUCGGAAUAUUAGGCCACGACAAGCCGGUGCCUGCGCUUGCUGCAGCUCGAAUGCAAAGAUGGGCAAUUACCCUGGCAGCGUACCAGUAUAAACUAAAAUACCGAAAGGGAAGAAAUGUUGAAGUGGCUGACGCUCUGUCUCGGCUUCCACGGCCUAUUGUAGCGGCCGAUGAACCUUCCGAGUGUCUCUUGCUAUUUGACAGCAUGCCCCUCAAAGCGGAUGACGUAGCGCGAGCCACACGGCGUGAUCCCACCUUGUCUCGCGUGACGCACUUCAUCUUAAAUGGAUGGCCUUCAGAGUGCUCUGAAGCAUUUAGACCAUUUUAUUCCCGGCGCGACGAGCUAUCAGUAGAGCAAGAAUGCAUAACGUGGGGAUCAAGGGUGAUCAUACCUGAUAAGCUCCAGCUACAGGUCUUGCAGCUAUUGCAUGAGGACCACCCGGGAUCUAGUCGCAUGAAAGCGUUAGCAAGAAGCUUUGUGUGGUGGCCUGGCCUCGACCUUUCGGUUGAGAGCUACGUUCGACAAUGUCAGGUUUGUCAGGCCGUCCAAAAAGCUGCUUCACCGGUUCCUUUGCAACCAUGGAAUUAUCCCACAAGGCCCUGGCAACGCGUGCACGUCGAUUAUGCGGUAAAGGGCUCUCAGGCGUUCUUGGUUCUCGUCGACGCGUUCUCUAAAUGGAUCGAGGUCUCGCCUAUGUCAUCCACUACUGCUAACAAAACCAUUGAGAAGCUACGUAGUAUGUUUGCCGCGUAUGGUCUGCCAGAGGUACUGGUGAGUGAUAAUGGACCGCAGUUCAUUUCCGAAGAGUUCGCGGCCUUCUUGAGUGUAAACGGUGUAAGGCAUGUCAAGACACCUCCUUAUCACGCGGCUUCUAACGGAGCGGCCGAGCGUUUAGUGCAGACUACCAAACAAGCACUGUCAAAGCAUGUCUUGCAGGACAAAGCUAGCCACCACAAACAUUCAUUUCGGGAACGCUUGGACAGCUAUCUAAUGAGUUACAGGACUACUCCGCACAGUACCACUCGCCAGACCCCGGCAGAAUUAUUCUUGAAAAGACAGCCACGGGUAAAGCUGUCAUUGCUAAAACCAGAUUUCGAGCUCUCCAUGCGGGAGCAGCAGCAACGUACCAAAGUGCAAAAGGACAUGUCUAGGGGGGUUCCGCGAUGUUUUGCUGUGGGGGACGCUGUGUGGGUGAAGACUGUGCGAGGUGAAACAGUGUCGUGGGAAGAUGGUGUCGUGACACAGGUUAUCAGUCCCGUAACCUAUCUGGUGAAAGUGUCGCAGGCGGUGCGAUUUACGCAUUCGGACCACAUCAGAGCCCGCCACGGAAGCCAGGAUUCUUCAAGUUAUCCGCAGGCACAACCUGCUCCAACGGCAUCCGUAGACACGACUCCACCGACGGUUCCGAUGGCGUGUGGGCCAGUCGCCGGGUCGCCUCUCGUAAAUCCACACGCAACCGACUCUGCGACGUCUCUCCUUCCGGCAACUGCAUCGCCCACGGCCGGAGCAGCUGCCUCCGGCUCGCCGGACCAGCCCAGUGCCGACGACGCGCCACCUGCAGCCGAACUUCCAACUCUGCGUCGUAGUGCACGUGUACGACAUGCCCCGAACAGAUACCAGUCCAGUGACUUUCGGAAGUAA